UCAUCGACCCUGUGACUAAUCCAUUCUCUCAUUUAAGUAUGAGACCGCCAACUGGCCCUCCCAGAAAACAAGACAACGUAGUCUUCUUCGUCUCUCUACCUGCAACUUCUGGGUUAAAUUUGUCUGUCCCAUUCUUGAGCUCAAACCAGUAAUGGCUUAGGUGGUGGGGCUGUUCCGAACAGUUUUUUGUCAAAAAAUCUUCAAUGGGUUGCUGUGUAAGCACCGCAAAGUCAUCUGAUUCAAUAAAGCAGCAGCAUUCUUUGGUGGGAACUCAACCGCCAAGACCGAGAUCUGAUGCAAAUGAGAGUAGAGCACCCCCUCCUUCAGCUGAGGAAGAAACUAUCAAGGAGGUACUCUCCGAAACCCCGAAGCCCAAGCCUUCUCAACGUCUAGGUUUCCAAUCUACUCCUACCAAGCCUGUGUUCAACGAAGUCAAAGAUAAUGACGGAGACGACGACGACAACAAGAGCAAGAUCGAUAAGUUUCCCUCGCCGGUAAAUACCGCUACCGACAACGAGAUCUCUGAGGUUUCCAAGGUUUACAGCGAGAGCGAGAGCGUGUCAACCACUACCACGAGGAGAGACGAAGACGAAGAGGUCCGCCAAAGAGUGAACAGAUCUUCGCCGGCGAAAGUGCUGCAGAGAAACAGAGCUUAUAGUGGGGACUUUGUGGCUAGGAGAGAGAGGCUGGUACCUAAGUCGCCGAACCGGAGAUCGGAACAGUCACCGGGUCGGGCGAAUUCCGGAUCGGUCCGUCUGGUUAAGGAAAGAGAACCGGGUCAUGUGACGAUGUCUAGGCGCGGGUUGACUGCAACUGAGCGUCGUGACUCCACCGGGGAAGGUUCUGGGAGGCGGUCCAGGUCGCCAGCGACCCGUGUCGAUAAUGGUGCGAAUAGAUCCGUAAUGGGUAGGAGCCCUUCUGCCAGGAGAACGAUCCGGUCUCCGGGUCGUGUCAGAGCGGCUGCGACGGAGCCCAACAAUGGCCGGAAAUCGGAGCAAAGCAGUCAUAAGGGCAUGGAGGAGGGGAAGGGGCAGACGACCAACGAGUCACUGGAAAACCCACUUGUGUCCCUCGAGUGCUUCAUAUUUCUCUAAUUCCUGGACAACAAAUUCGAAGGUUGUCUCUGUUUUGUAUGGCACUUGGAUUAUUGUAAAUAAUCGUUAGCAAGAAGAUGAAUUCGGGAAGAUUAUUGAUGGCGUAUGAGGGGGGUUAAUGUUUAGGACACGGCACUGUGUCAGUGGGUGUGUGACAGUUUGGAUGUUUGGGAUUGUCAAUGCCCAUUAAAGAAAUUGACCACUUCUUGCUCUC